AUGGUGUUUGAGUAUUUGGCUUACGAUUUAUCGCGUGGAGAGGAGGAAGUGAGCCCUCAAAUAGUUGAUCGAAGUUUGCUCCGGCAUGUGGACAAUCCUUUCGAUUUGGAUGCAGGGGAGUUCCAGAAGUUAUUCCGUUUAACUCCAGACUUGACUGAGGACGUAGUUUCGCAGCUUGACAGCCAUCUUAGAGGUUCCAGAAUAACAGCGAUUUCGACUGAAAAACAGGUUCUAGCUGCACUGCGAUUUUUUGCAACCGGGUGUUAUCAACGACCCGUAGGUGAGCAAUGGGGAAUAUCUAUGAGCCAGUCGUCCGUUAGCCGUAGCAUUCAUCGGGUAACAGCUGCAAUCAACAGCUCCAUGUUUUGCGCAAAGGUGAGAUUUCCCAUGACCCAAGUGGAGCGGCAAGCGGCAAAAGAAAUUUUUGCUUCAGCAACCUCCCCGUUUGUGGGAGGUACCAUUGGAGCUAUCGAUUGCACGCACGUAUCAAUUUUGGCCCCGAAACGUCAUGAAGAAGCGUAUGUCAACCACCACGGCUACCAUUCGCUUAAUGUCCAAAUGAUAUGUGAUCCUACACUUAAAAUUUUAAACGUAAAUGCCAAAUUUCCGGGAGCACGGCACGAUUCAUACAUUUGGAGUUCCUCUGCGGUGCGAAUGGUUAUGCAACGGAAUUUUGAAAUUGGAAACCAUAACUUGUUUUUGAUUGGUGAUUCCGGGUACCCUUUGGAGCCUUGGCUGAUGACUCCUCUAACAAACCAACCGGAAGGUACUCCGAAAUUCUUGUAA